AGUGCAGCCAGAAGCCUCCAGGAAUUAAAAACAGACAUCAGGGUUGCGCUUUAGCUGCAGGAUGGGCUCCAAAAGCUCCAGCUUGAACAAAAUCCCGAAUGCACAGGAGCUCAUGCAGGAAACUGGCUUCUCCGCUGCUCACAUCCUUCGUCUGUACGAGAGGUUUGAGUUUCUGGACGUAGACCAGAUGGGAGAGCUCAGGCCUGAGGAUUUCGGAGCAAUUCGGGAGUUGUCCAUGAACCCCAUCGGAGACAGAAUCAUCAGUGCCUUUUUCUCUCCAGGAAAGGAAACGGUGGACUUUGCCUCCUUUGUUCGGAUUCUGGCUCAUUUUCGUUCCACAGAAACCAACCGAACCAGAGAUGGAGCACAGCCGGAGCCGGCCAACAGCAGGACCAGGAAACUCAAAUUUGCUUUCCAGUUGUAUGAUCAGGACAGAGAUGGAAAGAUUUCACGAGAAGAGCUUCUUCAGGUGCUGCGGACGAUGAUGGAGAUGCAGGUAACAGAGGAGCAGCUGCAGAGCAUCGCCGAGCGAGCCAUCCAGGAAGCCGACCUGGACCAAGAUGACGCCAUCUCCUUCGACGAGUUCAGAAAGUCAAUGGAGAAAGUGGACAUCGAUCACAAGAUGAGUAUUCGCUUCCUGAGUUAAAGACAAGGCGUCAGUCGUCUUGUUGUCUUUCUAAAUCCUGCUAGAGGAGACAAAGAUGGAGACACAACAAAGUGUGUAGUGAUGUUUUGUCUUGUAAAUUCAGUUCACAAUAUUGUAGAAAUAUAUUGGGUUUAGAAUAAGAAUGUCCUGUAGCCUGGGAUGGCCUCGCUGUCUCCUCCUGAUACAUUUCAUAAACAUUUGGAACAGAAUGCACCUAAUGAAAUAUCUAAAAGUAACAGACAAUCUUUAGGCCAUGAGAGAAGAAUAGAAUGAGAGCGAUCCCAAGGCUAGCGCGAAACUUCUCUAUCUUCUCGGAGACAGAAAGUCUGAGUGAUAUCCAACCGAUUGGCGGCCCAGACGCCAUGGCGGGAGGAGGAACCUGAAGAUGAAUAAAAGAAUAGGGAAAAGGAAGGUCCGGUGUAAGACCCGGAGAGACUUUGUUGGUGGCUAUGGAGAGAAAGUCUUGAAGGAGCGGCUGAUCCAUAUGCAUAUGGUGGUCUGCUUGCAAUAUCAUUUUACUAAAGAUUGUUAUAGUUUAACUGAACGAAUCCUGAGUAUUCAUUUCCUGGUCUGCCUUUCAAUGUUCACAAUAAUUAAAGGUGAAAACUUGAGAAGUGACCGGUGGAGUCAAAAAGACUGGCUAUUUGAGCCGGAGUAGAAUCGGUCGCAUCUUUUCCUACAAUAUGAAGAGAAACAAGUAGGACGGAAGAAAUCAGAGUCAGCACGGACCAUCCACGUGCAGCCCAAAUACCGUAUUGACCCGAAUAUGACACGCCCCUGUGUUGUCCGCUUUUCUGUUCACAUGAGGAGAGCCAUAGACCCCGCGGAUCCAGGCGACUACACAGACCAAGUGUCACUCCUCGUGUGAAUAGCCCCUUUAUGCUUCAAAAGUAUUAUGACAAACUUGAGACUUUCUUCACUUCAUAUGAACACCAUAUGUGUUAUUCAUGGCUCAAUUCAAACAUUCUCUACCUGUUCACUACCGUAUUCUUUUUUUUCCGAAUUAAGCUCCCAUCGUGGUCCACCAGGAGAGGGUGGACUUCACCUUUCUAUGGGGGAGAAAAUCUAAUUUUUGAAAAGGUUUUCAGUCUGAGAAUCUUAUGAAAUGUUAAAAUGAAUGUUAAGGUUGGAACUGUCCGCCUGUAAUGAAGUAUCUUUGUGGUUUUUAGUAAUAACUAACCAAUGCCGAUGCAGAUUUUGGCUCAUGAAUAUCAAAACACUAAAUAAACAAGUUGUCUCCAGGCA